AUGGCCACUCUUCUUGGUGCCUUCCCCGCCUGGCAACUGCACAUCUCGCUCGCAAUUUGCAAAGAUUUUAAAGGCGUCAAAUGGUCAGAACUCGAUCCUAAAAAGAAGGACGAUAUCUUCCAAGAAAUCAAGGAUGCCAUGCGAAAGAGCAAGCUUCCGGCAAUAGAUGACCAGGGAAUUGAGUGGCGUGUAUCAUCAGUCCUGCCCUCGCUACGGCACAUGCAGCGCUUUGCAGAUCCUUUCAAAGAUUGGCAGAAUAUGGCUGGGACAAAAUUCCCACAUAGAGUAUUUCGCGAGGCGAUUGAUGCAAAAUUUCGAGGGAUUCAUGCGAAAAGAAAAGACCUCCGCUGCUGGACGCAGAUUCCCGAAGAAAUACGACUUGAACUUGCUGCAGAAAGUAACAAGCGACUUGUUCAGCUUGGGCUUCCUACGAUGGAUGAAGAGGUCGUGUUGGAAAAAUUAAGAAAGUGCAUGAACCAUUGGAUGAAGGAUCAAACUGAGCUCACGCCUCGGUAG